GAUGGAUGCCAGCGCCUCUCCUCCGAGCCCCUCCCGCCCACAGCCGUCGCCGCCGGCACAGCCCCAGGCCCGCUCCCGGCUCAAUGGCACUUCCUCGGUGAAACAGGAGAAGAGUGGAGCGCCCAGAGCUCCUGGACCCCAAGUUGGACCUGGACCAGAUAUGGGAGAAGCCGGGGCCCCAGCAGCACCCCAGGCCCCUCGUGCCAGGAGCCGAGAAGGAGUGGACAGAACAGGGCCGGUGAAGGGAGACAUGGAAACCCCCUUUGAAGAAGUCCUGGAGAGGGCCAAGGCCGGGGACCCCAAGGCACAGACGGAGGUGAGGACGGCAGUGUCUGGUGGGAGGCUCAGGCCGUGGCCCCCAGAACAGCGGGCCUGGAUGAGAGCUCUGUGGCCAUGGAGGUCGGUGCCGGGGGUCGGUGCCGUGUGGACGGGCUUGGGUGCAGCGUGGCGCGAGGCCGUCAAGCUGCUCCGCCGCUGCCUGGCGGACAGAAAAGGCAUCACCUCCGAGAACGAGCAGGAGGUGAAGCAGCUGUCCUCCGAGACCGACCUGGAGCGGGCCGUGCGCAAGGCGGCGCUGGUCAUGUACUGGAAGCUCAACCCCAAGAGGAAGAAGCAGGUGGCCGUGUCCGAGCUGCUGGAGAACGUGGGUCAGGUCAACGAGCACGAUGGAGGGGCACAGCCUGGCCCCGUCCCCAAGUCCCUGCAGAAGCAGCGGCGGGUGCUGGAGCGCCUGGUCAGCAGCGAGUCCAAGAACUACAUCGCACUGGACGACUUCGUGGAGAUCACCAAGAAGUACGCCCAGGGCAUCCUCCCCACCGACCUGUUCCUGCAGGACGACGAGGACGACGAGCUGGCGGGCAAGAGCCCCGACGACCUGCCCCUGCGCCUGAAGGUGGUCAAGUACCCGCUGCACGCCAUCAUGGAGAUCAAAGAGUACCUGAUCGAGAUGGCCUCCCGCGCGGGCAUGCACUGGCUGUCCACCAUCGUCCCCACCCACCACAUCAACGCCCUCAUCUUCUUCUUCAUCAUCAGCAACCUGACCAUCGACUUCUUCGCCUUCUUCGUGCCCCUGGUGGUCUUCUACCUGUCCUUCGUCUCCAUGGUGAUCUGCACCCUCAAGGUCUUCCAGGACAGCAAGGCCUGGGAGAGCUUCCGCACGCUCACCGGCCUGCUGCUGCGCUUCGAGCCCAACCUGGACGUGGAGCAGGCCGAGGGGAACUUCGGCUGGAACCACCUGGAGCCCUACGUCCACUUCCUGCUGUCCGUCGCCUUCGUCAUCUUCUCCUUCCCCAUCGCCAGCAAGGACUGCAUCCCCUGCUCGGAGCUGGCCGUGGUGGCCGUCUUCUUCACCGCCACCAGCUACAUGAGCCUGAGCAGCUCCGCCGAGCCCUACACCCGCAGGGCCCUGGUGACCGAGGUGGCUGCCGGCCUGCUCUCCCUCCUGCCUAGCCUGCCCUUCGACUGGGGCGGCCUGAAGCUCCUGGGCCAGACCUUCUUCACCGUGCCUGUGGGCCACCUGGUCGUCCUGAACGUCAGCCUGCCCUGCCUGCUCUACGUCUACCUGCUCUUCCUCUUCUUCCGCAUGGCGCAGCUGCGGGGCUUCCAGGGCACCUACUGCUACCUGGUCCCCUACCUGGUCUGCUUCAUGUGGUGCGAGCUCUCCGUGGUCAUCUUGCUCCACUCCACCGGCCUGGGGCUGGUGCGCGCCUCCAUCGGCUACUUCCUCUUCCUCUUCGCACUCCCGGUGCUGGCGGCUGGCCUGGCGCUCAUGGGCCUGGUGCAGUUUGCCCUCUGGUUCGUGUCGCUGGAGCUCACCAAGAUCGCGGUCACCCUGGCGCUCUGCAGCGUGCCCCUGCUGCUGCGCUGGUGGAGCCGGGCCAACCUGUCGGUGCUGGAGCUGGUCCGGUCGCUGACGCGGAGCUCCAUGGUCAAGCUCAUCCUGGUGUGGGUGUCGGCCAUCGUGCUGUUCUGCUGGUUCUACGUGUACCGCUCGGAGGGCAUGAAGGUGUACAACUCCACGCUGACCUGGCCGCAGUACGGCGCCCUGUGCGGGCCGCGGGCCUGGAAGGAGACCAACAUGGCGCGCACCCAGAUCCUGUGCAGCCACCUGGAGGGCCACCGGGUCACGUGGACAGGCCGCUUCAAGUACGUGCGGGUGACGGACAUCGACAACAGCGCUGAGUCGGCCAUCAACAUGCUGCCGUUCGUCAUCGGCGACUGGAUGCGCUGCCUGUACGGCGAGCUGCUGGCCAAGCACCCCUGCCACAUCAAGCGGUUCGACCGCUACAAGUUCGAGAUCACCGUGGGCAUGCCCUUCAGCGCCAACGGCAGCCGCGGCCCCGAGGACGACGACGUGACCAAGGACAUCGUGCUGCGGGCCAGCAGCGAGUUCAAGGAGGUGCUGCUGGGCCUGCGCCAGGGCAGCCUCAUCGAGUUCAGCACCGUCCUGGAGGGCCGCCUGGGCAGCAAGUGGCCCGUCUUCGAGCUCAAGGCCAUCAGCUGCCUCAACUGCAUGGCCCAGCUGGCGCCCGCCCGGCGCCACGUGAAGAUCGAGCAGGACUGGCGCAGCACCGUGCACGGCGCCGUGAAGUUCGCCUUCGACUUCUUCUUCUUCCCUCCUGUCGGUCGGAGCCAGGCGAGGGGCAGCGAGGGGCACAGCACGUCCACGCUGCGCUCUGCUCCACAGCUUGCCUUCUGCUUCUGGGGAGUGGGGAGCGGGUGA